CGCUGAUUGAGAGGAGAGGCGCAAAAGACCCCGCCAAUACGCAGGGAACUGCCCUGGACGCAAACAGACGACGUCGAGAGCCUAGCCGCCCCAAGCAGCAGCUGCCCAACGCCGUUUUUUGGCUCCGCCGGGCAGCCCCUUGACAGCGCCAAGCCUCUCCCCCCCCCGACGCCCGCCGACGCCGCCGCCGCAUCACAACAACCAUGGCCGACGACUACAUCGGCAACCGGAGAAGGCGACGAGAGACCAUGCCCGGCCAGCCCGGCUGCCAUAUUAGAUUUGAGACGGCCAUCGCGACGGAACUCAAACGCUGCACGGACCAAAUCUACGCCGGCAAUGUGGAAGAUAGAGCGACCAUGGCCGCGAAGCUCAAGGAGCGCAAAAUAGCCAACACGAAAGCAAGCGUCGUAUUGGGUACGGACGAACCCCUGUGGGAGACGGACAUGAUGCGGAGCAUGUCGAAUGGCGAGAUCACGCCGGAGUUCAUCCAGUGCAUGAUCGAGGACAAAGCGCAGGCCGACUCGUUGGCGGCGGAACUGAAGAUCGACCACUGCAUCGGCGUGGUCACGGGCGUCGAGCCCACGACGAACUUCACGCAGACGAGUACGAUGGCGGACCCGACCGGCGAGAUGCACAAGUACACGUCGAAAAUUGGAGGGAGAACGGCCUCGAAAGCGUCUUCAGUAUAUUUCGGGUCGCACGAGCCGGACUACCACACGACGAUGCAGGACUGCAUGAGCGUCGUUGGGAUGGACACGGCUAAGGGUCUGGGUCAGGGCGACGCGCGCGCGCACGCAAAGUUGCUCAAGUCGAAACUCCAAGUAUCAAGCUUCCAGAUCGGCUACGACGAGCCGACGUACGUCAGUGCGAUGCACGAGGGGCAUCCCCCUCUCAACGUCGCUGCGGCUCAGAGGAUUCUAUCCAAAGAAGUGAUGGAUGAUCUCAGAAAAGUACACUAUUCACUGGGAGAAGAUAAAGUGGUGUACGAGACGGACAUGAUGCGCAGUAUGCGCAACGGCGAGAUCACGCCGGAGUUCAUCCAGUGCAUGAAGGAGGACAAGGCGCAGGCGGACGCGCUCGCGGCGGAGCUGAAGAUCGAUCAUUGUCGGGGGGUCGUGACGGGCGUGUACCCGGAGUACUGCUGAUUUGCAUAAGGUAUUCUUCUCGU